AGCGCUGCUCGGCGAGAAGAACGUCCUGGCGUUCAACACGCUGCACGUGGGUGGUUACUUGCAUUCCGGCGAGGAGAUGCCGCACUUCGUCGGCGCGCUGCAGCAGAUCUGGUUCAACGGCUAUCCGUAUUUGGAGAUCGCCCGUAGCGCGGGCGCGCACCUGACGCCACAGCAAGGGCUCACGCCGAUCAUCCGAGUGAGCGGCAAGUUCGGCAAGAGGAAUCAUCCCGUGCAUCACCCCGUCACGUUCACCUCCAAGCACACCUUCGUCGGCCUGCCCGUGCUCAAGGCCUACGUCGAGACCAACAUAUACUUCCAGUUCAAGACGACGGAGCCCAACGGCCUGAUCCUGUACAACGAUGGCCGCGAGCGCGACUUCAUCGCGGUGGAGCUGCUCAAGGGACACGUUCACUACGUCUUCGACCUGGGCGACGGGCCCGUGGAGAUCAAGGACAGCACCAAGUCGCCGCUGAACGACGGCAGGUGGCACGCGGUCAGCAUCGCGCGACCGGCGCCCAAGAGGCACACCUUGGCCGUCGACGAUCACGUGACCGUGGCGAACAGUACGGGCAACAACGAGAACCUCGAUCUGGACGGCAUCCUGUUCAUCGGUGGCGUGGAAAAGGGACAAUACUUAGUGCUGCCCAAACCAGUGCGGAGUCGCCACGGAUUCGAGGGCUGCCUAGCAUCGCUCGACCUGAGCGGCGAGAGUCCAGAUCUCAUGUUGGACGCGGUCGUACCAAGUUCCUUGGUCGAGUCCGGCUGCGACGCCUACGCUAACCUUCAUCCCGGGAAAAAGUGUACUCACGACACCUGCGCCAAUCACGGCACUUGCGUUCAACAGUGGAACAGCUACACCUGCGAUUGCGACAUGACCAGCUUCUCCGGAGCGACGUGUGCCGAUGAGAGCAUUUCGUACGAGUUCGGCCCGGGACGAGGCCUCGUAACGUACACUUUCCCGCCCGAGAGAAGGCCAGACAUGAAGAGAGACACGCUGGCCAUGGGCUUCAUAACGACCGUCAACGAGGCCGUUCUGCUGCGAAUAGAGUCGGCGUCCAGCAACGACUACCUUGAAAUUGAAAUCGUGGAGGGAAACGUGUUUGCCGUGUACAACAUGGGAACUAACGACCAUCCCAUCGGUGAGAUUGGCGUAAAAGUGAACGACAACCAGUACCACGUAAUCAGAUUUACGAGGAGCGGAGCCAACAGCACGCUGCAAGUGGACGACUACAACUUGCUGUCGAACCACCCGCAAGGCAACCAGCACGCGGAGUUCAACAGUCAGUCGACGAUCCAAGUGGGAGGCCGCUGGAACCGCGGCAAAAGCCGAAUCGACAAACCGUUCCUGGGCAUAAUGUCAGGCCUGGUCGUGAACGGCGCGAACAUCUUCGGCCUCGCAGCCGAGAAGGACAGUCGCACGAGCGUGAAGGGCGACGUGCAAAUGCUGCCCAUCGGCGGACUGACCGAUCGCGCUGGGCCGCUCCAACGGAUGCAGCAGACGCCGCCGUCGGGUCUGCCGGGCGUCGGCGACGACCUGAUAUUCUCCGGCGCCGGAAGCGGAUGCUCCGGAGACGACGAGGACGAGGAUUGCACGCCGAUUUACGAUAAUGGGACCGACGACCUGAUCACGCCGGUGUACGUGGCCCCGACCAAGUCGCCCUCGCCGAGCACGCCCAAGACCCACGAGAAGACGGUGCCGUGCGACGACGAGGAGGAGUGCAACGAGGAGGGCUCGGGCGACUCCGCCACCACGGAGGAGAUCUUCGUCACCUCGGCCACAGACUCGAGCUCGUCGGCGGCGAGCUACACCACGCAGCGACAGCUGUCAACCGGCCAACCAAUCAGUAGCACGUCGACCACCACCGCUACCACCAGUACCAGUAGCGCGCGGCCCACCAGCGCAGCCGCCAACGCGUCCAGCAGUCGGCCCGAGCAGCAGAGCACUCGCUCCAGCAUCGUAACGCACGAGUCGAGUAGCAGCAGCAGCAGCAGCAGCGGCAACAGCAUCGGCAGCACCACCGCCGCCUCCAGUCAAUACACGACGAUAUCGUCGACGGAAAUGUCGGAAAUGCCGCCCACGUCGACGAGAAUGACGUUCUACACAGUGGUGACGCCGAAGGUGAUGCUCAACGACAACCAGCGUAUCCACUCGGAGACUUCGGAGUACAUAGCGCUGGUGAUCGGUAUAAUCGCCGGCGCGCUCAUCGCCAUAAUCCUCAUAAUCCUGCUGAUACUCAAGUUCAAAGGCCGACCGGAGGUCAACUACAAGAUCGACGACGGCAAGAGCUUCUGCCAGGAGCCCAACGCCGCGCUACUGGGCGCCGCGGCCGGCGCCGGCGGCCUCGGCCAGCCCUACAACGGUGCUCUCAAAAGCGGCCAGGGCGGCAGCCGCAACGGCAAGAACCGACAGGUCAAGGACAUUAAGGAAUGGUACGUGUAAAAAAGGCUCGCUCUCGGAGCCAAGACUGACUGUGUUACAUAUUGUACGUUCGACGAAUUGAGAGAGAAAGAGAGCGAGAGGUGUGCGCGUGCGACGUGAAUAAAAAAGUGUAUACGAGCAGUGCGCUGCUAUGUAGCCGAGCCGCCGGACGUAUUGUUAUAUGUGUAUGCCGACAUGAUUUGUGGUAAUGCGAGAGAGAGAGAGAGAGCGAGAGAGACGUGCGUGUAGUGUUGCAGAUGUGCUCGAGAAAAGUAGGCCGUUUUAUUUGUCGAAGAAUAGCGCACUACACGCUAAUAUACACAUACACGCACACACACGCACACACACACACACACACACACACACACACACACACACACACACACACCGAAAAUACUGGGCCACGAACGACGUGUCGUUUCGAUGUUCUCUUCGCACCGCUCUCCAUCGACUCUGCCCCUUCGUUCGCAAGACUCUGUACAUGUAUUUUCAGGCCGACCACCUCGCGUUUCUUUCCGUUCGGCCGCGUUGUUUCCGUCGUUCGUUGCUUUCCGUUCCUCGCGAUUUUAGAAGUAUAUAGCACACAUAGUAUUUUUGCUGCGGGUCAGAAAUAUAACGCUGCGCUGUCGAUGUAUCGCCAUCGCAAAGUUCAGCGGGAGACGUAUAGCAACUAGCGCAAGUUUAGCGUGACGGAGAGCGGGGCGCGAGCGGGACGUUCGAGGACGCGCGAUAGCGUCGACUCGCAUCGCCCCGGUGCGUGCGAUCCUACUUAGCAAUUAUACGUAAUUAUUGUUGUAUAGAUGAUGGAUAUAAAAGCAAAACAAAAAAGAACAAAAAAAAAACAACAAACAAAACCAAACAAAAAAAGUAUUUAUAAAUUAUGUUAUGAGUGUGCAUUGUUUAUUGAAUUUUAGAUUUUAUUAAUGCGAGAUGAGCGCAGGCACGAAAGAUUAUUGAGAAGUGUGACAUGGUGAUGCGGAAUUCGUCGAUAUAUCGAUAUGCAUAUACAUAAAAAAAAAUAAUGAGUAUACAUAUAUACGGAAAAAUGCUAUAAACUACUAAACGAUAAGUAAAUAAAACGAACGAGAUUUCGGAGCGGCUGGAAACAGGGUCGUGAACAAAUUGAGUUCUGCAUGCCUAGUGCUUAAACCUGUACACACACACGUACACACACACACACACACGCACACACAAACAUAAGAAUGAGAAUACAGUUUAUGUAAUAAGGAUACGAUAUGAUAAUUUUACACAAAAGAAAGUUACAAACUGUUCCAUUGCACGUAUGCCGACUGCACGCAUUUAUUGCGAAUUAUGUUUAGGAAACACCAAAGCAGAGAGAAAUGUCGACAAGGCGUGUUUAAAAGAGAUUUUCACUCAUUUUUACAUCUCGAGCUAAAGUUGUUUUUUCGCCCGGCCACUCGCUACACAUACCUAAUAUGCAGCUCUCGCCAUGCGACAAUUUGUUGCAAAUUCGUAGAAGACGAUUUGCUUUGAGUACAGUGCGAGGAGUAAUAAUUAAUUUAGGCAAGAUUUUUGAAUCUUUUAAGACGUCAGUCGAAUGGACGGAUGUGUCUAAACAUAAACAAAGCAAAUGCACGAAAAACAUAACGAGUUCGGUUAAAUCAUUGUUUCGUGACAUUUCUUUUGGGAAGUGUGAAAUAGUAAUUGACUUGAUGGUCAGUUUCAGUGAGUUUUUUUUCCAUUAUUCAAUUGUAACCUACUGUAACGAUUACUUUACGAUACGACGCGCUAAUAUUAAGUACAUUUCGUCGUAACGAAAAAUAAAAGUAAAUUGAAAUUUUUUUUUUCUGUAAGUUAAAACGCGAAAGAAAAGAAUUUGAACGAAUUUGUCCAAGCAAUAAAGAAAACUGAUUAUCUAGCGCCAGCGAUCCAAAUCUAGUUGAGAAAUUAAAUCGCAUUAAAGAAGAUGAUAGUAAAAUGUCGUCUCGACAAAAAAAACUUGUUUAUAUUUUUAAAAAAGCUCUGUCGAGCCAAAUGACUGAACUUUUUCAAGUUCUGAACAUAAAUAUAUUUGUGAUCGUAAAUUACAUGUCUCGUUUUACAUAAUAAUAUUAAUAAUAUAAAUUUCGUCUAUUACAGUUUUUGAUAAAUCUUGUCAAUAUAUUUAGUGAUUUGCGCGUUCCGCGAAAAGUCGAAGUAAACAUAAUUGUUUUCUAUAAUAAUAAAUGUCGAUGUGAAGGUUUUUAAAAUUGAAACCAUAAUGUCAACUGAACAUAAUAAUUGAAAGUUAAAUUGAGCUGUUUGAAAGUUUAAAGCUUCGAUGUGCAUAAAAGGAGAAUAGGUAGUUUUAAUUUGACAAGCCGAACGAAUAAAAAAUCAAAGAAGAAACUAAGAAUGUCGGGCAUGGAGAUAAUACUGAUCAACUCGCAUAUCAAUUGAGGAAACUUACUAAUGGAGCAAGUACAACGCGUUAUUUCGCCACUAAUGAUAGUGUUUAUUGCCUGAACCAUUUUUCUAUAAGUAUUUUACUUUUUAAAUCUUAAACGUGAGAUGCAUUUAAUCUAUUUGUAGGAACGUUUCUCUCUAGGAAAGCAUCGUAAUGAAUUUUCAAGCAGAUGAGAAAUUAAAAAAAUACACUAAAAAUAUAAUUCAAGUAAAGGGGGAAAAACACGCACUCAAUUACUAUCUAAAUACUUACUUGACACCCUAUCGAGUUUCUUCUACUAAGAAAAACAAAAAGCAUUUGUAUUGUUGCACACGUGCACUUGUACAAUUUUUCCAUGUUCUUCUGUAAUUGAUAUCCUAAUACUGCUCGUUCGUUCAUUGCUAUCUCUCUAUCUGUAUUUAUCUAAUGUAUCGUUAAGUGAUUGUGAUUUUUCUGAUGACAAAUUAUCGAGUUUUUUCGAUGAAACUGUUGCAUUUUACUACACCGAGUUUUUACGUAAUAAAAAAAAUUAUUCAGUCGAAUUUCAAGAAAACCAAGUCACAACAAAAGGCAUGGUUGGCAUACAGUUUACAUGGACUUUAUUAUAAGUUUUCAAGCAAUACAACGGGUUACAUUAAUAAUACUAUUCAUCUGUAUGUACAAUUAAUAAGCCUUUUGUCAUUUUGCGUUUAGAUAUUGUCAUUGAUAAUGUAAAAGCGCUUAGUUCCACCUGUUACGUUAUAGCACGCCACAAUGUAUUGGUUUCUCUCUGAGUCCACAAUUUAUGCAAAGUUAAAUUUUUGAUAUCGGAUACAUGACGUAAUAAUCUAUGAAGUUAUUAAUCUAGAGGUUUACUCAAUUAAGCUGCUAAAGAUAAUAAUUUGAU